AUUGGAGGCGCGCGGGGACACGAGAGAGAGGAAGGAGGAAAAAAAAAAAAACCUCAACCAUUGUCGGCGCGCUGGCGGUGCGGGGUCACGAACUAUGACCUUUAACAGAAGAAAACCAAAACAAAUAUUUUAUAAAAUAGCAGGGAGCCCUAAAUUUGUGACCACCGUUUCUCGGAGACCUCACUAAUGACCUUAAAUCAUCAUGACGACCAACCUGAAUCUGCUUUCUCAGCAGAAAGUGGACUCUGAGCAUGAGGCAGAGGUGUCGUCCUCUCCGUCAGACUCAAUGAUGAGUGAAUCUCCACAGCGCUUUCAGGUCAUCUCCACUGAGCCUGCCACAACACCACAGCGAAUACAGAUUGUAACUGACCAGCAGACAGGUCAGAAGAUCCAGAUAGUGACAGCGAUGAAGCCGUCCAGUGCUCCCAGGCAGCAGUUCAUUCUGACUACAGCUGACAGCUCAGGGGCAGGCAAGGUUAUCCUGGCCUCACCAGACAGCCACAACACUAAGCAGCUCAUCUUCACUGCUGCAGACAGCCUGAUGCCAGGGAGGAUACAGAUUGUCACAGAUCCAGUGUCCAUGGAGCGGUUGUUAGGGCAGUCAGGGGACUUGAGCCGACCGCAACCAGUGGAGUACUGUUUGGUUUGUGGGGACAAGGCUUCAGGGCGUCACUAUGGAGCGGUCAGUUGUGAGGGAUGUAAAGGCUUCUUCAAGCGGAGCGUGAGGAAGAACCUGACCUACAGCUGCCGCAGUAAACAGGACUGCGUCAUCAACAAACACCACCGCAAUCGCUGCCAGUUCUGCCGGUUGAGGAAAUGCCUUAAGAUGGGGAUGAAGACUGAGUCUGUCCAGAGUGAGAGAAAGCCCAUCGAUAUAGUGCCCAGAGAGAAGCAUGCCAACUGUGCUGCCUCCACCCAAAAGAUCUACAUUCGCAAGGACCUUAACAGUCCGCUCAUUGCCACGCCAACCUUUAUCUCCGAUACAGAGACAGAUGGCUCCAGAUCCAGCCUGCUGGACCAGGGGAUGCUGGUUAAUAUCCAGCAGCCAGUCAUCCAGAGUGAUGGAACUUUGCUGCUGGCCAGUGACUCAAAGAUGGAGUCUGGACAGGGGGACUUGGGGACACUAGCCAAUGUGGUGACAUCACUGGCCAACCUUAGUGACUCACUAAAAGAGACCCUAAACAAUGGUGAUACCUCAGACAGCCAACACGAGGAGCAAUCUGCCAGCGAGAUAACACGGUCAGUCAGCAGUGCACAGAGAGGAGGGGAGUGUGUUUGUGAAAGUGCCUUUGACACCCUGGCCAAAGUUUUCAACCCACCUGAAGUAGGGAUCAGACAGAGUCUGGAAGAUAAGUCGCAGUGUAUUGGUGGAACAACCAUCCAGCUGAUUGGUCGAGACCAGGAGACCCCCAUCAUUGAGGUGGAAGGACCACUGCUCACAGACAGCCAUGUUGGCUUCAAGCUGACCAUGCCCAGCCCCAUGCCUGAGUAUCUGAAUGUACACUACAUCUGUGAGUCAGCAUCCAGACUUCUCUUUCUCUCCAUGCAUUGGGCACGCUCCAUCCCUGCCUUCUCAGCUCUUGGUCAGGAGGCAAACACCAGUUUGGUGCGAGCCUGCUGGAAUGAGCUAUUUACUCUGGGUCUUGCUCAGUGCGCUCAUGUGAUGAACUUGUCCACCAUCCUCACCGCCAUCAUCAACCACCUCCAAAGCAGCAUCCAGGACGACAAGCUUUCGGGGGAGAGGGUGAAGCAGGUGAUGGAGCAUAUUUGGAAGUUCCAGGAGUUCUGUAACGGCAUGACAAAGUUGGAGACUGACAGCUACGAAUAUGCCUACCUGAAGGCUAUAGUGUUGUUCAGCCCUGAUCACCCAAGUGUGGACAGCAGUGGGCAGAUAGAGAAGUUCCAGGAGAAAGCCUUGAUGGAGCUGCAGGACUACGUGCAGAAAACCUACCCAGAUGACACCUACAGGUUGACCCGUAUCCUGACUCGUCUCCCAGCCCUGCGCCUCAUGAACUCCAGCAUCACAGAGGAGCUCUUCUUCACUGGCUUGAUAGGUAACGUCUCUAUUGACAGCAUCAUUCCCUACAUCCUCAAGAUGGAGACGGCUGAGUACAACAGCCAGGACAGCCUGUCACUCCAGCACCCAGAACUGUCGAAUUAAAGAUUAGUGAGUCUCCACUUCAGGUACUGUCUUUGUCUCUCAAGGGGUUAACUGUUGAACCCCAGUCCAAAAUCAUGCAGUGACCCCUUGUUUUCUAACGAUGCAUGGUGCAAAGUCAUUCAUGAAUCCUUGGUAGAGUAAGAUAAUCCGGCAUUAGAAAGCCAGGUUGAAUGUUUUCUGGAGCUGAUGCAGUGUGGUAAUCUUGAUUUUCUGGCCUAAACGCAGUCGCUCUGAACUGAAUGAAAAAGGAAUCCUCUGCAGCUGCAACUGUGCUCAUCUCCUUUAAUGUCUUUAUAGCAUUUCAAGCUAAUAACAUGUGAACUUUACCUUCUGACCUAAGCCUUUCAAAUAGUUUUAGUUUUAUCAAAGCCUUACCAUACUCUCGAGAUGAUCACAUACAUAAUUUAGCACUAACUGUUGUUGCAGAUAUCAGAUGAGCUAUAUUAAGAAGCCCAGUCCAUAACCUAAAAAUGACAAACAGAAAUCUUACAUGUGGAAGUAGAAUUUCACCUAAUUAAAAAGUCUAAUCUUAAGACUAAAGUAGAUAUGAGUACUUACUUUGAAGCUGUAAAAUAUUUGUUUAUGUUGGUAUUUGGGAACAUUGGAGCAGUAUAAACUGGUAUUUUAAUGACCGUGCUGUUAAAUUAAGAAUUCAGGCUUUUACAAAGACUAAGUAUGACUUUUCUGAACAAGGAAUUGAAAAAUGCUUUGUAAUAAUUUUCUCUCUUUUCAAUUUUGAAAAUGGCUGAAUUUCCUAGAGGGUGCGAGACAUUAAUGUACAGUUCUUUACUUUAAAUAAAUGUAAAUAGUUGGAAUGAGAACUCCAAUCAGGUACAAGAUUUAACUCAAACCUCAAUUAAUUCAUCUUAAUCUGGCCUGGCUAUCAUAGCAUUAAGCUACCACAUUCUUAGCUCAUUACAACAUGAUCAACGUCUGAUUUCAUCGUCGUUUCCGUUUCAUUCAGUUUCACUUUUAACUCACAUUCACAAAGUCAGGUAAGCCAAAUUAGCCAGUUAAACUGACCAUAUGUCUUUUUUUAUACUGAAUGACAUCUCAGAGAUUUUAGGUCUGGGAGUGUUUUUAUGUUUAGGUACACUUAUUUCUGGGUUAUCAUGAAUAUGUUGCUAAUAGAACCUGUGCAAUCACCUCAUCACUUUUCCCUUUUAUGACAAUCAAUUAUAUGUUACUUCCUUCUGUUCCAUCAGUGUCUUGACUGUUCUUGUCAAUCUGCAUUUUGUAUGUGUAUUUAUCAAUUAUUUCUUUUAAGGAAUUAGAUUAUCUUAAAGAUUUUGGGUUCAGAAAUGUUACUUAUGUGUAGCUAUGCUACUGUUUCUUGUGUUUGCAUUUGUACUCUGCUAAGUGCACAUCAGUCAGCUUUUGUGGCGUUCCACUAUGUUCAUGCUGACUAAAACUCUGUGUUUUUCAUGUUUUCUAAAAAUUUUAAUUUGUUGUGAACAAAUUUGCUUGUUGCAUACUAAGUGUACUUAAAGUACUUUUGGGCAGGUUUCUCUGACAUAAACAAAAACAAGAGAUUUUAUGGGAAGCCAGUCUCGAGUGCAUUGAUGUCUUGAAGACCAUAUGGAGAUGUGCAUCGGCUUACCCUCUUGUAUAAUGGUUCAGAAUAAGCAUCCAUGCAACAUGAAUGAUAACGGGGAUGUAAAGAAGUCAACAAGGAUUAUGUCUUGUGAAAUGUCUGUUGUAAUAUUUGGGUUUCAAACCCAUACAAAUUGUUUGUAAAGGCACUGUUGUGAAAUGACCUUUGUACAUGUAAUUUCAUAAAAAUGAGUGCAUGUUGUUUUUAAGCCAGGUUUUAUAAUCUUGUGGCUGUCUGCCCUAAUAAGGAGCAUUGUUAUAAUUUUUAUAGUGCAUUGCAGUGCAUGAAGAAGUUGCUUAAAGUGCAUUUUAUGAAAUGCUGUAUGAAAAAUGUUAAUUUAAAUGUUGUGGCUUCAAAAUAUUUACCAUGAGCAGCUCCCACAUUAGAAGAUAUUAGAUCAGAAAAUAUUUUUUUCUCAGCUUUGUGGAUUGAGUAUGGUUAAAAUUUUAUACUGUGUAAAUGUACUUUGUUUUUCUGCUCACAUAAAAUGUAUUUCUUCAAACAUCGAGAUCGAGAAAUUCAAACAACAUUCAUGUUUUGCUCAAGUCUGUCACAACCCUACAUUUCUACCUCACACCGAUAAAGAUAUAAAACGUAUUUACGACUGAGCUCCUGUAUCAGCAUUCCAGUCUCUGAGGCUGGCUUCUCUGAAGCCACACGUUAUAACGGAAAUAAACAAUUAUGAAAUAUGA